GAUAGAUAGUUUUGGUCUGGUUUGAUGUAGUUAUUAUAUCUAAAUAAAUGUGUCUUAAUGUUUUGUGUUUUUGACAGCUUGACAUUUAUGGCAACAAACCUACUGGUGAAGGCUGUAACCAACAUAGACAUUACUUUCCCAGUAGGGAGCAAGGAACCUGUGAACAAUAGUCCAAUUUCUAAGCAAAAUAAUAGAAAAGGUGCUACUAAGGCAUCCAGAGACACAAAGAAGCGGAAGAAGUCAAAGAAGGUUUCUGCUUCAGAAGAUGAAGAGGACGAUGAGAGUAGUGACGUGGCAAGUGACAGUAGUGAAGAACAGUCCAAUGGGCAGGCUGAGAAGAAGAGGCAGCGCGGCAGGGGUCGAGGUAAAGGCCCUAAAAAAAUGCUACGGGGAAAAGGUAGUCGGCGUGGGAGGGGUCGCCCACCUUCUUCUGGUAAAAACGUGCAAUCCACUUCGGGGAAAACCGGUGAGAGAGGACGGCCCCGGAAGUCAUAAGUUUUAUAUAUCCCCAUUAAAAUGGGAAAUUUUGUUCUCUCCUUGCAGAGAAGGAAGUGUACUUUUUUCCAUACGUCUGCUGUUGUAUUUGCAUUAUCAAAACUGAAUUGUUUUCAGGUACUGAUCUUCAGCCCCCCAAAACGUUGCUUUCUUGAUGAAAACAUUCAUGAAGCUACAUUUGAAUUGUCAGUAAAAUUGAGGCUAUUCUUUUCUACUCUUUUUCUCUGGUUUAAGAGACAUGAGGGGACCGUAUUUUUGGGAAAGUUGAUAGAGGUAAACGUGAAGUGAUGAAUUAUCGAGCUGGUGCAAGUUACCGAUGAAGGGAAGACCCUGCGGACCUGGUGGAAGGAGAUUGGUAUUGCCGCCAUUGACUCUCUGUUUGUGGAGGAGAAAGAAGGUGAAGAGGGGGAGGGCUACGAGGAAGAAGAGGAGCAGCAUGUUUGGUCUAGCUGGAGCAGAAAAUCGUGAAAGAAAAAAACAAGAGGACU